AUGCACAAUUCGCAAAAGUUCAAUAUCAUUAACCCUAAACGUGUUUCCUGCGGGACUCUUCACGAAAGGGCUGACAUGCCUCCAUUAUGGCGAAGGUGUCUACGAUAUCGUCCCCGUGUCAAGGAUUUGAGGGUUUUGAUGCUUCCUCGUGAUAGAGUACGUGAGAUGCGAUGUUCUUGUCAUCGAGGUAAUGUAGAGGUCCCAACGACAUGUGUCCCCCAUUGUGCCUCGAAAGGAGAUGAAUUUCGAGGCCAAAAAAGCAAAACACUGAUAUUUUCUGAAAGUGACACCAGGAAGGAUCCCAAAGCAUCCAAUGCAUUCAAUAAGACCUCUCAGACAUCAGGCCUCGAGAAUCAUCUAUUCGCACCGAAUCCAGUUCCACUUACAAAACACACUGGCCCCAAACUUCUCGAUCCUUCUCCAUCCCCAUUCCCUACCAACGAAUCGAAAGUUGAGGCGGCAAAUGACGAGUUGGGUAUCGGAAUAGCUCUGUCUUCGGUGUAUGAUACGAACUAUGAUCCUCAUCAAUCGUACACACCUGCCCACCCGAACCACGAGAUAGGUAUGGCUUUGACCACAUCAGACGCGAUUUUUAACUAUUCGAGCUCCCAGCAAGAUACCCACAGCGGCGACAUUCAUAAGCAAAGCGAUAAAGCAGUCCGCGGUAGUGCCAGAUCUAACAAUAUGUCUUCUUGGGAGAUAUCGCAAAUUGACAAAGACACAAGAAGCAAGAAGUCGGAAGUAUCAACCCGAGCAGGACUUGUAGACAUACCCACGUUGGUGCCAGAAUAUUCUCGCCCGGAAAAAGAGUCCGUCACAACAAACAUAGUGGAAGACAAAUUUCAGUACCAACCUUUGCCAUAUUCGGCUUCGACCCAUCGCCUAAUGAAAGUGCUCAAGGUAGAAGCUGCUCGACAGGAGCAGGAGGAGAUGGACGAGACAGGGUAUCGAGAAUGGCAAAAGCUCAGGAAACCAAGGGAUUCCAGACGAUGUGGGCAAGUUUGGGAUGGCGAGGAGACAAGGAAUAGCUCUCUUGCAAUUGAAGCUCUUAACGCUCUCUCUCGCCCAAAGACUCACUUGAGUCAUACGUUAUGA